GUCGAGCCAAAUGACCUGAUGCCUGGUGACCCGAUGCCCGCUGUCCAGUCAGACGAUCCAAUGUCUGACCCAGUGCCCGCGGUCAUACCAGUUGACUCGGAGCCCACUGCCUUGCCAGAUGACGCGGUGCCCGCGGUCGAGCCAAAUGACCUGAUGCCGGUGUGCCUCUGCCCGGAGUCCUGCCCGAUGUGCCUCUGCCCGGAGUCCUGCCCGAUGUGCCUCUGCCCGAUGUGCCUCUGCCCGAUGUGCCUCUGCCCGAUGUGCCUCUGCCCGGAGUCCUGCCCGAUGUGCCUCUGCCCGAUGUGCCUCUGCCCGGAGUCCUGCCCGAUGUGCCUCUGCCCGGUGUGCCUCUGCUCGAUGUGCCGCUGCCCGGAGUCCUGCCCGGCCGCUCCUUGAGGGGGGGGUACUGU